CUUCAGCUCAAAUCACAGUCGCACACACUGCAGCAUUUAGCUCAAAAGGAUGUCUGGUGCAAAGAUUCUGCUGUUCCUGCAGAGUCUCUCACGAAGAAAGCCUCUGGAGCCUGAAGGUGAAGUGUCCAACUUCCGCCGGUGCCUGACCACCCUUGACCUCGUGGCUCUGGGGGUCGGCAGCACACUCGGCGCUGGUGUAUAUGUACUGUCAGGAGAAGUGGCAAGAACUGUGGCCGGGCCAAGCAUCAUAAUCGCUUUCCUGAUAGCGGCACUGGCGUCCGUCUUUGCAGGAUUGUGUUAUGCGGAAUUUGGAGCUCGUGUUCCCAAGACGGGCUCUGCUUAUCUCUACAGCUAUGUGACUGUGGGAGAGAUAUGGGCUUUCAUCACUGGCUGGAACCUGUUGCUGUCUUACGUCAUAGGGACAUCGAGUGUCGCCAGAGCGUGGAGUGGUACUUUUGAUGACUUAAUUGGAAAUGUAAUUGCCAACUCCCUGGGUAAACAGGCUGCGAUGGAUUUACCUGGACUCGCUUCCUACCCAGACUUCUUUGCAGCUGGACUUAUAAUGCUCUUGGCAGGGAUUUUGGCAUUUGGUGUGAAAGAGUCAGCCAUAGUAAAUAAGAUCUUUACAGCGGUUAACGUCCUGGUGUUGCUGUUUGUUAUCCUGUCUGGCUUCAUUAAGGGGAACAUCGACAACUGGUACAUCAGUGAAGAUUCUCUCUUGAACGCAUACUUAAACCAUACAUCACUGAAUGAAACCACCAGAUAUGGCAGCGGGGGAUUUUUCCCCUUCGGUUUUGAGGGAACUUUAGCAGGAGCAGCCACUUGCUUUUAUGCCUUUGUUGGAUUUGACUGCAUUGCUACAACAGGAGAAGAAGUUCAAAACCCUCAGAAGUCGAUCCCACUUGGCAUUGUUGCAUCGCUCCUCAUCUGUUUUUUGGCCUAUUUUGGUGUGUCUGCUGCCCUGACUCUUAUGAUGCCUUACUAUUUGCUCAGUGCUCACAGCCCACUGCCUGUAGCCUUUACAUACAUUGGUUGGGGCCCUGCAAAGUAUGCAGUGGCUGUGGGAUCCCUCUGUGCACUGUCAACCAGCCUACUCGGAUCAAUGUUCCCGAUGCCCCGUGUUGUCUUUGCCAUGGCCAGGGAUGGACUUCUGUUCACACCCCUCGGCAAAGUUAGUGACAGACAAAGUCCUGUCAUAGCAACCCUGGUCUCAGGUAUUGUAGCAGCUAUCAUGGCAUUAUUGUUUGACCUGAAGGCACUGGUAGACAUGAUGUCAAUUGGAACUCUUUUUGCCUACACACUUGUUGCCAUCUGUAUUCUCUUACUGAGAUACCAAACAGAUCUCACUGAUGAAUCAGGUUUCAGCGAACCAGACCCCUUUAAAGUAAAUGAAGUAUUCUAUCCUCCUUUACAAGCCACCACACGGACAUCCAAAAUUGUCUCUGUUGUGACAGUUGUUACCAUCUUUUUAGCCAUCGUUCUCAGCCUCUUCGUUGUGGGGGCUGUAGACUCCUUGCAGGCCCUUGAGUGGUGGAGUUUACUCUGUGUCUCUGUGAUCGUGUUGAUUCUGGUCCUCAGCGUCUUGAUUAUCUGGAGACAACCCCAAAAUGUCACAAAAGCUGCUUUUAUGGUUCCUUUUGUGCCAUUGCUUCCUAUUUUCAGCACCAUUGUAAAUGUCUACCUCAUGGUUCAGCUUGGGUCAGACACAUGGAUCCGCUACACAGUGUGGAUGGCAGUAGGUUUGAUUAUCUACUUUUGUUAUGGUGUUCGGCACAGUGUGCAGAAACAAAGGCUCCUAAAAUCCCUAAAUCAAGUCAGUAUUCGGAACAUCACUACUUUAAAGCAAAAUGACGAACUUGGGCAAGACUACAAUAAUCAACCAACAACUGAUAUACAGUACUGAUGAAAGUGCGCCUAUGCAAUAUGUCAAAUAGGUUUCAUAUAUAACUAAAACAUAUGUUGCACAACUAACAGUGACAGCAUCUCUGACGUCAUGUUGUGUCUUGGUUCUGUUUCACUUCUUGAUGUUGAUAUGUCACAGUCCUGGCGUGUGUAAUGUUUUGUAAAGACGAAAGUCAUUCUCAAUGGGGAGGACUUUGUAAAGGCACCAAAAGAAAACUAUUUGGGGGUUUGAGGUAAAUGCUGUAAACAAACAUGGCUCUUACAAUGGAUAUUUGUAAUGUUUCCUAAUGCAUCCAUUAAACGCUUCAAAUUUGAAGAUUUCAAGAUUGCUCUGUUUCCAUUUUUAGUGUGUACUUCCAUAUUCAAUAAAACUAAAGGUAACUAUACUAUCACCUUCAA